CAUGAGGCUGGAGCGCGGACGGCGGGCUUCGCUGGCGCUCACCCUCAACUUUAUGGCAUUUGUGUUCGCCCUGUCGGCCGUGUGCACCAGCCACUGGUGCGAGGGCACCAGGAAGGUGGCCAAGCCCUUCUGCACGGGGCCGCCCAUCCAGGUCAAGCAGUUCUUCUGCAUCCGCUUCAACAGCUCCAACAUCAACGACAGCCGCCUGGUGCAGUACAUCUUCGAGACCGGCGAGGAGAAAUUCCUGCUCAAGAAGUUCCACACCGGGAUCUUCUUCUCCUGCGAGCAGGCCGCAGACAUGAACGGCUUCGACUGUCGUGACUUCUCGGAGAUCGCACCUGAACACGAGCGAGGUGUGCUGUGGCUCUGCAUCGUGGCCGAGACCUUGUACCUGGCCCUGCUGUUUGCGGGCGGCGCCCUCAUGAUCCUGGAACAGUGCCCCUGCUUCAGCGUGAUGAACAAACUGAAGCUGAGUGCCUUCGCCGCCAUGUGCACCGCGCUGUCAGGCCUUUGUGGGAUGGUGGCCCACAUGAUGUUCACCACCAUCUUCCAGCUGGCCGUGGCCAUGGGUCCAGAAGACUGGAGACCCAAAACCUGGGACUACAGCUGGUCUUACGCCCUAGCGUGGGGGUCUUUCGGCACCUGCAUGGGCUCGGCGGUCACGGCGCUGAACCGCUACACCAAGACCAUCAUCGAGUUCAAGUUCAAGAGGCGGAACAUCGAGAAGAGCCUGCUGAUCAAGCAGAAGCUGAUGGAGCUGGACCUCCCCGAUCACAUGUGGUACGUGACGGCCGACGCCGAGGCCCCGCUGGAGCUGCCCCCCGCCAACGGGCACAAGCCGCCCACGGGGACCGCCUACGUGCUGGAAAUGGACCACGCCACCGAGCCGCAAGGAGAGGCGUAUUGCUAAAAAUAGAAGGGUGACCUUUGACCCUGUGGUCCACUGCAACACAUCCUGGACCCAUUUCCCUCCACCCACUCGACUGUGGGAUUGAAAAAUCUAAUAACGGAAUUUUUUUUAUGUGUGUAUGUGUGUGUGUGGUGGAAAUAAUGUAACACGCUCGGCUUUGACACAACAUGCGUCUCAUCAAAUCUUCCACGUGGUCAUGUGAUAUGCUAAGCGGCGUUUUGACACUAAGCUGCUUCUUUGACCACGUGACCUUUGACACUUAGCCGCGUGGACGUAUGGACGAGCGGGGAGUCAUGUGACAGGACAUGUCAUUUCUGCUGACACAGAGGACAACAUGGUGCCUCUUAUAUUAUUGCAUUGUGUGUGUGUGUGUGUGUGUGUGUGUGUGUGUGUGUGUGUGUGUGUGUGUGUGUGUGUGUGUGUGUGUGUGUGUGUGUGUGUGUGUGUGUGUGUGUGUGUGUGUGCGUGUGUGUGUGUGUGUGUGUGUCUUCUGUUUAUGCUAACACUGAAGCUCAAACAGAAGGGAUCAGCGCCUCAACACAUGAUAAUAUUGUGACCUAUUGGUCUGGUCUUGAAAGGAUUAUUCAAGUAACCUGUAGGUGCACGGAUGUAACGAUUAACGCUAAU